ACGGGGCCGCAGUCCAGCGGGGUUCGAGGGCUGUGUGAGACAGCACCGCUGCGAUGGCGUCCUAUUUCGAUGAACACGACUGCGAGCCGUUGGAUUCCGAGCAGCAGGCCCGAACCAAUAUGCUGCUGGAGCUCGCCAGGUCACUUUUCAAUAGGAUGGACUUUGAAGACUUGGGGUUGGUAGUAGAUUGGGAACAUCACCUGCCUCCACCUGCUGCCAAAGCUGUGGUUGAGAACCUUCCUAGGAGAGUCAUCAGGGGCUCUCAGGCCGAGCUCAAGUGCCCCGUGUGUCUUUUGGAAUUUGAGGAGGAGGAGACUGCCAUUGAGAUGCCUUGCCAUCACCUCUUCCAUUCCAGCUGCAUUCUGCCCUGGCUAAGCAAGACAAAUUCCUGCCCCUUGUGCCGCCAUGAGCUGCCCACUGAUGAUGACACUUACGAGGAACAUAGACGAGAUAAGGCUCGCAAGCAGCAGCAAAAGCACCGACUUGAGAACCUCCACGGAGCCAUGUACACAUGAGGUGCCUGGGGCUGAGUACCAGUCCUCCACAUCUUUCUCUUGCACCUCAAAUCCUCAUUAAAAUUUUCUUUACCCACCCUGCACUGCAUUGCUCACAAGCCUGGGCAGGGGUUCCGUACCCUCCAUGAGAUCCCUAGUGCUGUUGGGGAAGGUGGUCCUGAACCGCAGAAAGCACCAGGCUGUGUGUCCCUUCCUGUUAAGUGUACACACUGCUCAGUCUGGCCUGAGAAGUGGAGCCCAGGUCAAAAACCUGGCUACUAGAUCAGCCAGGGCUUGGGCCUGUGCAUUCAUUGUUGGAAAGCAAAAUGUGUCAGGGUCUGGCAUCCAAUAGUUACUUACAGAUGGUAAAGAGAAAAAAGAGAGCCUACAUCUCUCUCCCCUGCAAUUUUUAGUAAAUCUUGGAAUCCCA